CUCAUUGGCUUUAAUUAUGGUGGAAAUAGGAAUCUUCCAAUACAAUUGGCCAAAUAAUACUUUCACUUUAAUAUUUUCUUCAUUCCUCCCAAAAUCUUCAUCGCCUUCUGCAGAAAUCAAAAUGCAUCAUCUCCGGUCACACAUCUCCGUCGUCUUCAUCAUCGCCGCCGUCACCGUCAUCCUCUGCUCUCCAUCAACGGUUUCAGCUGGAUCGCAACCGUUACGAUCAUCGUCGUCCUUCUCUGUUGCUCUCCAAACUCUUCAGAAGAAUCUCAAUUAUGAGUUUAAGAACAUCGGAUAUCUCCGCCGCGCAAUGACUCACUCGUCUUACUCCGAAGAGAACAACAAAGCUUUCAGCAUUCUAGGCGAGAGCAUAAUCGAGACGACUGUUGCUCUCAAAUUGUUAAAGAUAGAUGUGGAUAUAUCGUCGAAGGAUGUUAGUGAUCGGAUUGCUGAGAUAUCAAAGGUGGAGACAUCAUGUGCGGUUGAUGGAAUGCGGUUAGGGCUGCAGAAUGUGGUUAGGGUUUCUUCGAAUACUGAUUCAUCGACUUCUUCGAUUGUUUGUGGUGCGUUUAGGUCGAUAUUUGCGGCGAUUGCGCUUGAUACAGGGAAGUCUGAUGAUGCUGGUGAUGUGUUCUUGGCUGUUCAUGGUGGUGCUGGAGGCUUAUUUUAUGUGUAAGGAGUGAAUCUGGUCUAAUUUGAUGCUGUUUUGUUUGUAAAUUACACGUUGAUGGUUACUUGUUCUACACUAUUAUUAGUAAUUUCUGUGUUCUGUAUGAUAUGUCUGAUUCUAGUGUAACAUUUUGCUUCCUAUUUUUACUUUAUGAGCUUGUUUGGGUGUUCUUAUA